AUGGAUUCUAAAGGAGAAAAAUUGAGUUGCUUUAAAAUAAACUUAACUAGGUAUAUAUUUUUUUUAAUUAUAGCUUAAUAGAAUUGCGGUGUAAUUGUAAGAAUUAGCAAAAAGGGCCAUUAUAUAUUAAUGAAAAGGUAAAAAUUAUAUAUACCCCUAUUUGAUGAUAUUGACAAAGGAAAACAAGCAGAUUAAAUGA